AUACACAAUCUAAGGAAGACGACGUCGUACGAUGGAGCUUAGGCGCCUAUACGACGUCGUGGUGGAGCUUCCGCUGUCUCUUCUCUCCACUUUGCUCUAUUCCCUUUCCCGUUCAAAUUACGCCGAGAGCGAAGCGAAAACCCUCAGGCGGAAGUGAAGGGAGGGGUGACGGAGAGAAUGCGACAGAGUUCGUCGGAGUUGGCCGGAAAUUCAUCGGCGAGGAUUUCGUGAUCGUUGGGUAUCAGUUUUCUGCCAUUGAAGAGCGUUGCUCGAUUUCUCCUGGAUCAGGGCUGUGCUGGGGGAUUUCUCGGGGGCGGUGGUUGAAUUCGGAAGGAAGAUGCAGACGGAGGCAAGGGUUGGGGUGGUGGUGGAAGGAGGGCAGAGGGCGAUCAGCUCCGGCCACGGAAGUCUCGCGGCUGUUGACGGAGCAACGCGUAAAUGCUCGAGGAAGAGGCAGCAGCAGCAAGCUCAGAUUGGGACUGUCUCUCAGCUGCUUGCGGGAGGCGUUGCCGGGGCCGUCAGCAAGACCUGCACCGCGCCUCUAGCUCGUCUCACCAUUCUCUUUCAGGUGCAAGGUAUGCACUCGGAUGCUGAAACGUUAAAGAAGGCUUGUAUAUGGCGGGAGGCAUCGAGGAUUGUCCGUGAAGAAGGGUUUAGAGCUUUCUGGAAAGGGAAUCUGGUUACGAUUGCUCACCGACUGCCUUAUUCAUCUGUGAAUUUCUAUUCGUAUGAGCAGUACAAAAAGUUACUACACAUGAUUCCAGGAUUGGAAAAGUACCGGAACAAUAUGACUGCAGAGCUCAGUAUGCAUUUCGUUGGUGGUGGUUUGGCUGGAAUAACUGCUGCGACUGCUACCUAUCCAUUGGAUCUUGUGAGGACACGUCUUGCUGCACAGACAAAUGUCAUCUACUACAGAGGCAUCUGGCAUGCCUUAGGGACUAUUAUCGCGGAGGAGGGCCAUUUGGGGCUCUAUAAAGGACUAGGAGCUACACUCUUGAGCGUUGGGCCCAGCAUAGCUGUCAGCUUUUCCUUCUACGAGACAUUGAGGUCUUUCUGGCAGUCUCAAAGGCCUCAUGAUCCUACUGUUGUAGUAAGUCUGGCAUGUGGCAGUCUUUCAGGCAUUGCAUCGUCAACAGUUGGUUCCUUUAUUGGGUUGAACUACUCAGAGAGGAACUAUUUUGUUCUCCAGUUGUCAAAUGUGAGAGGCGUCCUCAUGGAGCAACAUUUCCUUUGGAUCUGGUGAGGAGGCGGAAACAGUUGGAAGGAGCAGGAGGCCGGGCCCGUGUAUAUCAGACAGGCCUCCUGGGCACAUUCAGGCACAUAAUUAAAAACGAGGGCUUUCGCGGGUUGUAUAGAGGGAUCCUUCCUGAAUACUACAAGGUGGUGCCUGGAGUAGGUAUAUGUUUUAUGACGUACGAGACACUCAAAAUGCUUUUAGCAGAUACAUCCGCUGAUAUAUAAGUUUUGGUUCGCAUCUCAUACGAUGUCGACUGAAAGAGUAAACUUGGAGAAGGAUAUUUAAUAGAGCUAGAUUUUUAGGAUGGUGGUUUAAAUUGUUUCUGUACUGGCAACAUUUUUUUUAGAGGGCUCCCAUGGCAAUUCAAUUUUGCAGCACACUGGGGAAACUCCUCGUAUAUCUGUCCUUGUACAGUAGCAUAGUAGGUGCGAAAACAGUGACCAAAGAAUAUUCUUAUGCAAUCAAAAUAUGAUAUGUAGACAUUGUGACAAGUGAUGCCCGUAUUCUUAACCUCAGUUUUGUUA